CAGAAAUUUUGUGAUUUUCAUCCGAUUCACACCGCUUUUCGUCAACCUGCCGAAUUAGGUUCACGUUUUCAGUGUUAAGCUUCUAAAAAUACAGUGUUUUUCUUACAAUAAGUUGAAUAAGUAAAAAAUCUAUUCAAGCACGUUUUCAAAGUCUAAACCGAACUAUAAUGGCCACACAAUUCCUGAACAGAAUCGGUCAGCUCGGGCUGGGAGUUGCCAUCGUCGGUGGUGUCGUCAACUCAGCGUUAUAUAAUGUUGACGGAGGCCAUCGGGCGGUUAUUUUCGAUCGGUUCAGCGGAGUGAAGCAGGAAGUUUCCGGCGAAGGGACACAUUUCUUCGUCCCUUGGGUUCAGCGGCCGAUCAUUUUUGACAUCCGCUCACAACCACGAAACGUUCCGGUUGUGACCGGUAGUAAGGAUCUGCAGAACGUGAACAUCACGCUGCGUAUCCUGUUCCGACCGGUUCCGGAUCAGCUGCCUAAGAUUUACACCAUCCUGGGUCAGGAUUACGACGAGCGAGUGUUGCCUUCGAUCACAACGGAAGUGUUGAAGGCCGUGGUUGCCCAGUUCGAUGCCGGCGAGUUGAUCACCCAGCGAGAAAUGGUUUCGCAAAAGGUGUCGGAAGAUCUGACCGAACGAGCAGCUCAGUUCGGUGUCAUUUGCGACGAUAUUUCCAUCACCCAUUUGACUUUCGGUCGGGAAUUCACGCAAGCCGUCGAAAUGAAACAGGUCGCCCAACAGGAAGCAGAGAAGGCUCGAUUUUUGGUCGAGAAGGCUGAACAGAUGAAGAAGGCGGCCAUCGUGUCGGCUGAGGGUGACGCCGAGGCAGCUGCCCUGUUGGCCAAAUCCUUUGCCGAAAGUGGUGACGGUUUGGUUGAGUUGCGUAGGAUCGAAGCCGCCGAAGAUAUCGCCUACCAGAUGAGUAAAUCGCGAGGAGUCGCCUAUCUGCCGGCCGGACAGACGACCCUUCUCAAUUUGCCACAGUAGGUUAGUAGAGCUUCCACAAAAAAAAAGGAGCAACAGAGAGAGCAUUUUUAAAGUUUCCAAACCUCGACUCUCGACCUAAACCAACGUUGACAGUGAUGGAUGUUAUUUGGGAUAGCAAUGACCCGUGUUUACCGGUUUGAAUGAUACAUUGAGUUGACGGUUAUUGUCAAUUUGAACCCAGUUGGAAAACCAUCGCUGUUUAAUCGUUGGUCAGAAAACGGAUUCAUUUUCGAAAUCAGCGCAUUUUCCUUUUAAGUUUUGUAAUUCACUACAAGUUAUGGAACUUUUAACAUCCAUAAUUUCUCUUGAAUGUUUUCGAACAUCUGAAAACAGUGGAAAAGAGCAGGAAACUAAAGAGGUAACAUUUUUUUACACAUUUGCUUUAGAAAAGCCUCCAAUCCAAUAUAUAUGGUUCGGUUCUGUUAGAUAAUAAACAAUAUGUUAUAACGA